CUCUUGCUCACCAUUCCGGCGCCGAUUGAAUGUUCAGGAAUCAGGCGCUUUGAGAAUCUCAACAACAAAGGUGCAGACUUUAGAUCGCAAGAAGAAGCGACAGUACUUUCCACAACCGAUUCUCAUACAACACACAGCAAAAAAGAAGAGUUCUCCUUUGAACACUACGCAUCCAGACCCCAAGAGGACGAUUACUCGUGAUAUAUAAUACCGAUUAUUAUCAUUAAAGCGCCUCCGCUUUUAAACAAGAUCGCAAUCACGUCUUUCAUUGUCCCCGUAUCAUUAUGGUGUUCGUAAACGGACAAAAGUUUGCAUGUGCCACAUGUAUCAAAGGCCAUCGUUCGACGACCUGCAACCAUGGCGAACGACCCUUGCAUGAGAUCAAGAAGAAAGGUCGCCCCUCGACCCAAUGUGCUCACUGCAAAGAGUUGCGCAAGGCCAAGCAUGUCAAUGCUCGGUGUAUCUGUGGCCGUGAGGAAGGAUCCGCUGCUGUAGCCAACGGUCUGAAACGUGCCAAAUCACUCAGCCAUGACGGUCGCUUAUCCGUCCCAGCUGCAAUUAGCGGCGAGGACCUCCUCCGGUCCGUCUCGACCCAGUGCAACAGCCCCCAGAACUGCUCGGACGCACUCUCGUCCAAUGGAGGUAGACUUUCAACCAUGCAUUCGCCCACUCUCGCGCGUGUGCCAUAUGCUGCUCUGCUCUUUUGGAGGACCGCAUGCGAUGGCCGUGAAGCGAGAGUGGGUUGAGCAAAAAAAUCAUGUAUGAUGACGAUGUGAUUGAUGUCAAUGGAUUCUUCAGUUACUUAAGCCGGCGUUCUUCUUCCAGGUGUCGUCAAAUGCGGUUGCCCCGAGGGCACAGUCUGCAGUUGC